CCUCAGUAAAACGUCGUUACAAAAGCAGAAACCGGUCUUCAAGCAGAGAAAUGCUCCCAACUGCAGAACAGAAACAAAAGCAGUAGAAUAUUCAGGCAUUGAAGAAUCAACGACGACAGUUGAUGAAAUAUCUCUUCAUUCAUCUUUCUUUUUCUUUUUUGAUCUCUUCUUUAACUUUCUCUUGAAAAAUAGAAGUUCCAUGAAAAAGCUUCAAAAAUCUUCGACCUCUGCUACCUGCAUUGAUCGCGAUACCAUUGUGGAGAAAAACUCCAGAAAAGGCAAGAUUUUUCCAAUGGAGGAAACCGAUUCCACCCCUCUGUUAUCUGGCUCUGUUUCUGCUGAAGACAUGGAGAGCCAGCAAUCAGAAGCUCCCGAUGGAUCCUCUCCUCCAGUUCUUGAGGAUAACGAUACCACCGCUCUGUUUUCUGACUCUGUUUCUACGCAAGAAACGGAUAACCCACAAACAGAAGCUUCAGACGGAUCCUCUCCUCGAGGAGUUCUAGAAGAUACUACGAGGAGCUUGGAAUCUGAAACGAGCUCUCCUAAGGCCAGCACAUCCGGUUCAGAGGCUCCGGUGGUUGAAAGCCCCACUGUUCAGUGGCGUGGAUUCUUCCGCUUGUGGAGGCAGAGGUCAAUGAGACAUUUGUUGACAUUCCCAUCCCUCGGGGGCCUGAAGUUCUCAAGAAGUAAUGGCAAAAGUGCCAGAGGGAAGCGGGCAUCGAGGAUUGAUCUUUUCGUCGAUGCCGACUUAUGUUGUUUGAAGCCUUCUUGGAAGAAUUUUACCAUGGACGAGCUCCGAUCCGCGACAAAAAAUUUCAGCUCUGAUAAUUUGAUCGGAAAGGGUGGUUAUGGAGAUGUUUACAAGGGACGUUUGAAAGACGGGCAACUCGUGGCAAUUAAACGGCUGAGCAGAGGAUCGACGGAAGAGAGGAUCGACGAUUUCCUAUCUGAGCUCGGGAUUAUAGUUCAUAUCAACCAUCGGAAUGCGGCGAAGUUGAUUGGAUUUGGGAUCGAAGGAGGAAUGCACCUUGUUUUACAGCUGUCUCCAAAUGGGAGCUUAGCUUCCCUACUUCAUGGUUCCAAGGAGAAGUUGGAUUGGAGUGUUAGAUAUAAAGUUGCAGUGGGGACGGCAGAAGGUCUUCGGUAUCUUCACGAGAUUUGCCAGAGGCGCAUCAUUCAUAGAGAUAUCAAGGCUGCUAACAUCUUGCUUACAAAGGACUUCGAACCACAGAUUUGCGAUUUUGGGCUUGCAAAGUGGCUACCUGAUAAUUGGACUCAUCACUCCAUGCCUGACUUCGAGGGAACGUUCGGCUAUGUUGCUCCCGAAUGCUUAAUGCACGGCAUAGUCGAUGAGAAAACUGAUGUAUAUGCAUUCGGGGUGCUCCUGUUAGAGAUCAUCACCGGACGACAAGCAUUGGAUUCUUCUCAGCAAAGCCUUCUGAAGUGGGCAGCGCCAUUGCUUGAAAAGAAUGAUAUCAGGCAGCUUGUCGAUCCUUCUCUUGCUGGCGCCUACGACUCUCAGCAGAUGGACCGUGUGGCCUUGGCAGCUUCUCUGUGCAUACAACACUCUGCGAUUCUACGGCCUCAAAUGAGUCAGCUUGUUCAGCUUUUAAAGGGUGAAGGCAGCUUAGAGUCCAUGAAACCGAGUCGAAAGCCAGUCCUCCAAAGGACCUACUCAGACGGGGACUUUGAAACGGAAGAAUCAACUCCAUCGAAGUACAUGAGUGACAUUAAUCAACACAGGAAGCUUGCUCUGGAGAUUUGAAAUCAUUCAUAAUCAAUGCUUCUGAUGAACUAUAAAAGAAGGCUGCUGAUCCAACUCUUCCAUCUUCCAUAAAAUAUGGGACUUUGGUUUGCUCCCAACUCUUGUAUAUGUAUUGGAAACCUGAAUUUUGCUGGCCACACAAACAAACGGAAGGAAAUUAUAUUUGGAGUCUCUUCCACUUUGCA